AUGCGUUACCGCCUCUGCAGCGGUGCCGCUUUUCACCACUUCUCUGCACUUCUCACCACUCCUCAACGCCCACCGCCGCCCCAGGUGCUGAACGAACUGUGGGAAAUAAUCAGCGAGCAGAAGCGGUCCGGGCUGGUGGAGGUGCUGAUCGGCAAGCUCCUAAAGGAGAAGCAACACGACAACGUAAAGGUGGAAGUCCUCCUGGGGUUCUGCGAAAUGGCGAAAAACAAAAAGAUCUACAAGCUGUUUGCAAAAAUUUUUCACAAAAUAAAGUACCUCAUAAAUGACAAGUCGCUAAGGGUUAGGAAAUACUUCAUCUCCUUUGUCCUCGAAUUGAACAAGCAAUUAAAUGAAAAUAUCUGCAGCCAAGUGGACUACACAGAGUUGAUUAAGCGAGUUACAAAGGAUCUAUUCACAUACAACGUGCAGUCGUGUAUAAAGAAGUUGUCUUAUGCAAAAUAUGAGCACCAUGAGAGAGUAAAAAAUAAAGAAAUUUGCGAAUUUUUGAAGCUGUCUUCGAAUCUGAUUAGCUACUCUAUGUGGAAAUGCUCCAUAAAGGAGCAGGCAAAGAAAUGUGUUAACCUUUUAAAUGAUUAUCCCGCGCUGAUGAUUUGCAUUUGUAAGUUCGGUACCAACUUAGAGGUGGUGCAGCGCUACAAGUUGGCCUCCGUGCUGUUCGAAAUUACCAACGUGAAGUUGGCGGAGGGGGGCAACUCCGUGCUGCUUGCGCGGCGCGGCCCGGAGGUGGCCUCCACGGGGACGGUGCAGACGUCCAUGCAGAUGUCCAUGCAAGCGUCGGGGCAGACUACCCCGUGGGAGCUUCUGGGGGACCCCGCCGUCAACGGCAAGUACGUGAAGUACGGCGCGCUGCUGCUCUGCGUGGCGUACCUGCUGAAGCCGAAGAACGAUCAAGAAGCCGAACUGUGUGCGUCGGAAAAAAUGGAAACCUUCCUCAAAAACAAAUUUAAGGAGGAGCCCUUCCUGGCCAGCAUAGACACCCUAAUGCAGCAAUUCUAUUUCAAAAUACUUAAAUAUGUUACUCUCGAUCAGGACGCCUAUGUGGGAAUAUACAAGUACGCUCGGAGGGAGUUACUCUCCCUUCACAUAGCUAAAAAGGAAUACGCGUGUAGGAAAUUUAUCCUUCCGUUAUUUUACAAGUGGAGGUUACUCGAGUCAGUCGUUUCGGCAAAUAUGCACAUUUUGAAUGCAUCUAUUGAGUUUGUCUUUUUACACACCUGUGCGGAUCCUGAGUGGGCAUCUGCUGGUAAGGGAAGUCCCUUUCAUCACGCGGGUGGGAAGCGGCCAUUUGUGGAGAAGGACGUGUUGGGUUAUUUCGCUGACGGAGGGGGGGUGCCCGACUCGGAUGAGGGAAGUGAGGUGAAAGGGGUCCCCCUGUGUGGCGGUGAAAAGGGCGACCCCGUGGGUGAUGAGGAAGAAAACAAAAUUUACAUAAGCAACGAAAAGGAAACCAACGCUCUCAUUUUGCUAUCACUCAUCGUGAAGAAGAAAAAAUACCACCACCUGCUGUUCAAGUCAUUCGAAAGCAUUAUACACAACUUGGUCUUCAAAUUUAACUCGUACCUUCUGCUCCUAUUUGGCAAGAUGGCGCAGAGCGAUUUCCAGCUGCCCCCUCAUUUUAUCUCCCCUCACUAUGAAGACACGGGCGAAUUAAACUUCAUACAGUUCGUGGUUCAUGAGGGGGCUAAGAUAAAGGGGUACUUCCAUCUGUACAUUUCGUUUUUCUUUCUUUGUUAUUCUUCCAAGAGGAACAACUUCCCGCACGACUGGGACGCCUUAAUUGAAAACACUUUGAGGAGCAUUCACCUGAUCAGCUCUGUUAAGUUUAAGAGAGAAAUUGAAAUUGUUACGAGUGGGAGCUUCGCCGGGACGACUGCCGUGGGGGAGGCCGCUCAGCGAUUGGGUGAUCGGGGGGCUGCACAAGUAGAUGACCGCACCGCUGAAUGGGCAGCCUACACCAGGACGAUCCUCCACUUCCUCAUGCACUUCCUCGACAUGGUCGAAUUCACGGUGGCCAUGAAGAUGACGCCGAUAGAGGACCUCGACUUUAGCGACUUGGUGAAGAACGUCUUUAUGUUUUACAAAUGUUACGAACUUAGCCAAACGGGCCGCCCCCUGCGCGAGGUGUACCUCGAGGUGUGGACCCGAGUAAGCGAAUUCCUCCUGUUCAUAUUAAACUUCGAUUAUUUCGAAAAAAAAACGGAAAUGAAGUUGUCCAUCCUGUAUCCGUUUUUCCUAUUUACGUACGAAGUUGUGCAUAGGGAGGAUAUCCAACGGGUCAUGAACAAAUAUGCAGCUUCCAUUAAGGAGAGGGACACCUUCUUCGGCUUUGUAAAAAAUUACAAAAAAAAUAACAUCAUGGUUAGUUACAUGCGGGAGAGUCAGGUGGAUUACAUUCAGGGCAUCCUGGACAAUGUUUCGCCGCCCAAGGAGAAGGCGAAGAAGGGGUCCUCUUAA